AUGAACCUGGACCUCAAGCAAGUACUCAACCUGCACGAGAAGAAGUUGAUAUGGAACUCCAAGAAGAAGUUGACGUGGAAAUCCAAGAAGAAGUUGACAUGGAACUCCAAGAAGAAGAAAAAGCAGUGCAUGGUCAAGCAACAGGUCGACUCUCACAGGUCACUUGCUCGCCAAUUGGGUGUCAGUCAUACUACACUCUACAAGAAACUCAAGCUUCGCAAGAUUAGAAGGCACUCCAAUCGUUUGAAGCCAUCCUUGAAAGAAAAGAAUAAAAGAGAAAGGAUCAAGUUUUGUUUGUCAAUGCUUGACGAGACCACCUUAGCAGCUCCAAGACCUAAAUUCAUCAGUAUGCACAACAUUGUGCAUAUUGACGAAAAGUGGUUCUAUAUGACAAAAAUGAACAGAUGCUACUACCUCCUCCCCGAGGAAGAUGACCCGGUCAGAACUGUUCAGAACAAAAACUGUAUUGGGGAAGUGAUGUUUCUGACCGCUGUUGCUCGACCUAGAUAUGACGCUGAAGGCAAUAUGACAUUCUCAGGUAAAAUUGGUGUCUGGCCCUUUGUGCAAGAGAUUCCUGCUGCUAGAAGAAGUGAGUAUAGAGCAAGAGGGACCAUUGAAAUCAAGUCCGUCAACGUGAACCGACGAGUAAUGAGGAGGUAUAUGAUAGAAAAAGUGGUUCCUGGAAUAAAGGAAGUCUGGCCCGCAGAUGAUACUAAUCCAAUAUUGAUCCAGCACGAUAAUGCAAGAACGCACAUUCUUCCCAGUGAUGCAGAGUUUGCAGAAGUUGUGGCUACAACUGGUCUGGACAUUAAAAUAAUAAACCAGCCUCCAAAUUCUCCUGAUCUAAACACACACUUGAUCUUGGAUAUUUCAGAUCCCUUGAGUCUUUGA